CACCAAAAGACAUCUGUUUCUGUACCACCCAGACUAGAUGUGCGCAAACACACAGGUGUCACGAGGACCACAUGUAGUUUCCAAACCUGACAGGUUGUAAUAUUACAGGAUCCACCCAGGCAUCCACACUGCUCUACAGGCUAGUACAGGCUACAUUUCACAUGCCACUUAAGUGAGACAACAUUAUGGAGGUAAAAGGUAACCCAUCAACUUGCUCACCGACCACCACAACCAACAUGCCCGUCGCCCAUCAGCGGGCUGAACCUUCUCAGUUCCCCGGGACCAGAGCUCUGAGCCCCGGCUCCUCCAAGGUCCUGCUGGCAUACAAAAACGUAACCCAGCACCUGAACUCCCCGGGGCUCAAAGCCAGCAUGGGUUUCCUUAAAAUGGUCACGUCUCAGUGGAAGCACCAGGAAAAGAAGGGGAGGGUGGUGCGGUCCCAAAGCACAGCUAGCUGGCUUCCACCUCCCUCCGAUGGCCACUCUUGCAAGAGGUCGCCACUGGACCAGCUAUCUGCUCUGGUUCUCCAGGGGCAGAUUCGGUUAGGCGAGGACGACCCAAGGCUCGCCCAGGACUCUCCGCAGGACCCGCUGAGCUCUACCAAGCCUCAGAACUGCAGGCGCAUCGUGGUUCUGGGUGCGCCCCGGGUGGGCAAGACUUCAAUCUUGCGACGGUACCUCUGGGACGGCUUCGUGGAGGAGUACCAGCCCACCUCCGAGGAUUUCCUCCGGAAAAUGUUCCACAUCCGCGGGGAGACGUAUCAGAUCGACGUACUGGACGCCUCCGGAGAGAGGAGCUUCCCGGCGAAACGCAGGCUCUCCAUACUAACCGGUGACAUAUUCCUUCUGGUCUUCACCCUGGACGACCGGAGCUCGUUCGAGGAGGUGUGUGCCCUGCGCACUGAGAUCCUCGCGGCCAAAACCAAGCUCCUCAAGCCCACCAGGCCGGGCCAGAGCGUACGGGUCCCCACGGUAGUCUGCGCUAACAAGGUGGACUUGUCCCCAGCGGAGAGAGUACUUUCCCGGGCAGAGGUGCUCCGAGCCCUCGGUGAGGACUGCGCCUACUUCGAGACCUCCGCCAAAGACCGCACUAAUCUGGAGGAGGUAUUCGAGGCUCUGGCUAAACGGGGCGGGUUGCCAACGGAAACUAGUCCGUCGCAGCACCGCAAAGUUUCGAUUCGGUCGUACCAGGCGCUGAAAGAGUGCAGAGCGGCCGGGAGAGGGAGCCAGGCCACCGUUUGUAAGGCUCCGUGUGGGGCGCUGUAUCCGCUCGCUCGACGGCCGAGUUUCAGCACUGAUCUCCGUCAAGUCCUCGGCCCCGACGGACGGAAGCCGGGCAAGCCGCUGGAGAAGUGUCAGGUUCAGUGAAGGAGCCAAAGACAGACUGGACUGGUUUAUAAGGGUGUGUGGAGCGAGGAAAAACAAUCAUGUUUCAUUUCCACAAAUGCAUUCUGCUAAAUGUAGAUAUGACUGUGAAUAGUAUUUGCACCAGGGACUUGAACACUACUAAUAGCCCACCAAAUGUGCAGAAUUUGUGCAAUUGUGGGUCUCAAUCUAAUGUAAAAUAUAUAUUUUUGAAAUGAAUAAAAAAAUCAUUUUUGA